AUGGAAUGUGCCACACGCUUCGGAGCAAUUGAUGGCAAACAUGUGGCUAUCAGAUGCCCAAAUAACACUGGAUCAUUGUUUUACAAUUACAAAGGCUUCUUUUCGGUGGUUCUUCUGGCUUUGGUGGACGCCGAUUAUACGUUUUUGUGGACAGAUAUUAGUGGAUACGGGUCCAUGUCUGACGCUCAGAUAUACAACGAGUCCGAAUUGAAGGAGUGUUUUGAAAAUGGAACAAUCAGAUUCCCAGAUCCAGAACCAAUACCCAAUGAUGAUCAGGACAUGCCAUAUAUUAUCUUGGGUGAUGACGCUUUUGGACUACGAACCCACCUGAUGAAACCAUAUUCCCACCGGGGACUUUUGAAGCAAGAGUUGAUAACCAACUAUAGAAUUUCAAGAGGGAGACGUGUAGUAGAGAACGCUUUCGUUAUACUGGCACAGAGAUGGUAG